AAGGGGAAACCACAUUUAAUCUCACCCGUGCUCUUUUUUGGUGUGUAGUUUUUCCUUAUUCUGAUCAGUGCUGUCAGAUGCAUGGAUGAUCCCAGCCACAAACAGCCCUGUCCUGUGUUACAGUGUGAAGGCUGUGAUAGCAGAGCCAGCUUGUAUUUGGAGCUCCAUGUAACCAGGCUUAAUCUGGAGUAGUUGUUGGUGUUGGUGUUACAACAGCUUUCCAGAAAAUGUUACAGAGAGGAGUUUUCAGCCCAAAGCUCUUUCUGUUUAUUCUGAGGGUGCAUAAUGGUAGAUUUGUAGUCAUGUUCUUCUUUCUAGAGAUAAUAAAAUUGGCUAGACUAUGAAAUUUGACCCAAUAAAUACACUUGUUGUGGGAUUAGCUGGAAGUAGGAAAAAACUGCAAUAUCAGAUUUGAAUUUACAUACACUGUAACUGAAGAAGCCGUGUGAGAAGACCAUUUUGCUUUCUACAGAUGUUCUUCAGGAUGGAGAAAACUUUCCAAAUCAAAGAGAAGCUAAACAUCUUUCUAUGAGAAUGCCAAGAAAAAAAAAGACUAUUUCCUGCAUCUGAUGUUAUCAGACCCAUGUGCAGAACUCACUACUAUUGUGACUCCUGUGCAAGCACUAGUAAUUUGUGACAGUGAAGACAGCAAUAAACAUCAUUUUCUGAAACUUGCAGAUUUACUAGCAGUCUGGAAAUGAACCCAGAAAGUAAUGUGAGGGGCCAUGUGAAUCUCUGUCACAGCAGAAAUUUUCUAAAAGACUGCUUUACCUAAUUUCAGAAAUUGAAAAGGGAUAAGUGGAAGGAGAAAAUGUUGGGCUGGUGCCAAGCGAUAGCUCGUAAUCCUCACAGACUUCCAAACAGCACAAGAACCCCCGAGGUCUCAGGUGAUACUUCACAUAAUUCAACUUCGAAUGACAAAUCCCCAGGGCGUUCCACAAGUCGAUCAAGUAACAUUUCAAAGGCAAGCAGUCCUACAACAGGAACAGCUCCCAGGAGUCAGUCACGAUUGUCUGUCUGCCCUUCCACUCAAGACAUUUGUAGAUCUACUGCUUUGCAUGAUUUGUCAGAAGAUGAGCUUGAACAUGCAACCCCUGUCAUGGUGCUGACCCCUUCUAAUAGGGAGUCUGUUAAGAAACAAGUAAAACGAAGGUUUAGGCGGAAAAGAGAGACUGGAGACAAUGGUGAGCAUACAGAAAAGCAAGGAAAGGGGAAAGACUGUAAAAUGCAUCCUGAGCCUGUGAGAUCCAGCUGGAAUGUGUCUGAUACAUCAUCAUCUUCAGAUGAGAGUCAGUGGGCUCAGGCUAGAAGGAGAGCAAGAGAAAAGGCCAGAAUGACCAGGAGAGGGAGAAGAAACAAUAAACCGUGCAGUAACCAGGACGGGUUCUCGAACAGUAAUGCAUUUGAACUUGACAGCAUGGGAACAAUGGGGAAAAAGAAGCAAGAAGUGUCUGACCCUGAGAAUCCUACUUUAAGUCACCGCCAAAGGAGGGUUCCAAGGCUUAAGGAUUCACAGUCUUCAGCGUCAUCUCAGGAAGCAAGAAAUUCCUCAAGAAAAUGUGGGAAGAGCAAGGGAAAAAGCUGCUACCCAGAUCGGCAGCCUGCAUCUUUCCUUAGGCACAACAAAGAUUCAAAGGACUGCUUUGCAGAGACAGGCUCUGGCAGUGAUGCUCUGUCAGCCCCAGACAAAGGAACACCUGCUCGGGCAGGGCCCAGUAUGACCGAUGCUGUUCAGAAGCCUCCAGUGUUGUAUGAUGACUGGUCUGAUGAUUUAGAAGUAUGCAGGAUCUGUCACUGUGAGGGAGAUGAUGAAAGUCCCCUCAUCACACCAUGCCGCUGCACAGGGACCCUGCGCUUCGUUCAUCAAGCCUGCCUGCACCAGUGGAUUAAGAGCUCCGACACUCGCUGUUGUGAACUCUGCAAGUACGACUUCAUCAUGGAGACCAAGCUCAAACCUCUCCGGAAGUGGGAGAAACUACAGAUGACAACAAGCGAGAGGAGGAAGAUAGUUUGUUCAGUCACAUUCCACGUAAUUGCAAUUACCUGUGUUGUUUGGUCGUUGUAUGUUUUAAUUGAUAGAACAGCUGAGGAAAUUAAACAAGGCAAUGAUAAUGGUGUCCUUGAAUGGCCAUUUUGGACAAAACUCGUUGUGGUGGCUAUUGGAUUCACAGGGGGCCUGGUCUUCAUGUAUGUGCAGUGUAAGGUUUAUGUUCAGCUGUGGCGCAGAUUGAAAGCCUACAACAGAGUGAUCUUUGUUCAGAACUGCCCAGACACUGCCAAAAAAAUGGAGGAGAAGAAUUCUUCGUCCACUCAGACCUCAGACAUCAAGGACACAGUGGUGGUGCCAGUAGCACAGACAGGUAAAGAAAGAAAAGCAAACAAGCAAAUAAAGAUCCAGGUUAAAGAGGAUAGCAGAGCACAGGUUCAUCCAAAGGGGGAAAUCUGCCAGAAUUACAGGUGAUCUAGACUUCUACAGCAGCCUGGCAGUUUAUAAUGGUAAAUUUCCUCUUUAAACACUCUAAACAAAAUCAUCCCAUUCUUGCAAUAUCCAGGUAGCUGAGCUGAACGUGUAUUGGAGUUUAUAUACUGCAUUCCUUUGUGAAUGUGCUUACCAGCUUACGGCUCAGGGAAUACUGGAAGUAGCACUAUUAGCAAGAAAUGUGUCUUAUUAUCAGACUAUUAUGUUCUUUUGUAUUGAAAUUGCUCACGUCAUUUGGAUGUGACUAAGUGAUUGUCAGCUGGCUAGACAGAACACAAUCUCAGUGCCUGAACAGGUCCUAAAUACAUAUGGAUAAACUGCUCUAACUUAUUCCAGGUGAGUUAAGUUUUUCCACAUGACAACAUGCACUUUUCAGAUAAAAUAACUUUCCAAUUAUACAAAUGCAAAUGGGAAUUGUAUCUUCUCACUUGAAAUGACAGGCAAGAGUAACCAAAUAAUUUAUCUGUUUAUAAUUGUGGAGAAGACAUCAGAAAGUCUUCAGAAAGCAGUGACAGUACCAAGGAAUGGGAAUGCUUUUUAACCAGCUGCACAUCUUUUAAGGAAAAGUCUGCAAAGGCAUGGCUUUCAAAAAGUGUGAAUUUACUUGCUGAAAAGUAAACCUGGUAUCUGAAGUUAGACACUUAAAAUUACUAGCUGCAUCUAAAUGUUUGCAAUUAUGUUUACAAUAAAAUCUGAUGAGGCAUAGCAAAACUGACACAGAACAUUAUUAUGGAAGAUAAUUAAGAGAUUUCUGAAAUAACCAGAAAGUUCCUUUUUAAGUGGCAGUAACCCUGCUUCUUCAGCUACCUUUUUUCUUGGACCUGCUGUAGCAUCAUGACCCUACUAACAGUACUUUCUCCUCUAUUUUUAUAGUUUAUGGGAAACUAAUUCCCAUUUUCUUCUUGAACAAGUAUAAAAUUCAAGAAAAACACAUGAGGCUUCUAAAAGUUGAUUUGUCACAUCCACCAAAAUUAGAGUUGGCAACAGAACAGACAACUUUGAAAAUCUUAUACUAGCAACUUCUACUUCUAAACACUGUUUUGGCACUCAACUCUGUGUGCAUCUGAGUUUACAGUUAGUUAUCAGAAAGGAGCAAGACUUCAGUUGAAAUGCCUCCUCUCCCUCUAAAAUACUGAUUUAGACAGCAGCAAAACAAGACAGACAAUGAGACAAGUUAGCAGCAAGAGAUUACAGCAGGCUUGAAACGAUUUUUAACUGUUUAAAGCAUUACAGUAUUAGCCUGUGCAUCCCUUGCACAGGCUGUUUUAGAGCUUUCAGGAAUUUCAUGCAGGACUGCAAUUGGUGUCUGAGGCAGAGUGAAACCUCUUUGAAAUGGCAAGGAGCUAUUCACACCAACAUGUUUUGGAUACAGCAUGCAUGAAUAAGGAAGGUGCAAGAAUACAGACACUAGGCAGCUGCUUAUCAAUCAACGUUUUUCAUUCCCACAUGAAGCACAAUUUUAUGUAUUGGUUUAAUAACUACAGGAUUCUAUCCUGCACAAACAGUAUGCUGAUAGUUUUGAGAUACAUUCAAAGACUUUUAGAUAAUGAUACAUCAAAUAAAGAUCUGUAUCAAACUGCUUGUGUAGCCACGGUGCAUCUCAGGCAUAUAUGCUCAUGGUGGAAUUUAGUCUGGCUAAACCCACAGGAGCAGAACCUUGCUGAAAAGCUUAAUCUGUAUUCUUGUUUAAGCAAAGUUUUAAUGAAGGUAGGUAGAAGUAAUUUGAUGUUAGAUCUGGAAUUUUAAAUAAGACACUCUGAAUUUGUGAACAUGCACAUUUCUUUCCCUGUCUUAAGUUAUAAGCAUUAUAAAGUUUAUUUCAAACUGGUACAAACGUACCACUUUUGACUAUUGUUAGCAUUAUGAAGAUUCGCAGCUCCCCCCAACUGUGCCAUUCACACACACUGCUUUGUCUGAAGGCAGUGUUUAUAGUUGUUGUGUAGAAAAGAAACAGUAAUUCCCUAUCACCAGAACAAACAUCAUUUUUAAUAAUGCAGCUCACUCUAUGAUGAAAAUAUUUUACUGUGUAUAGUAUUUGGAACUACAAGUUUGUGUUACUUGUUUAACUCCCUCUCUUUUGCAAAAGAAAACUGUAUGUUAUUGUGGGUGAAUGUGUACUGCAAAGACAGAAGGUAAGGGGAAAAAAAGUAAUAUAUCUGCUUAUUGUUGUGAAAAAAUGUAUUUGUAUUAAACAAAUGACCCAAA